AUGCGGCGGGGCGCCCAGGUGAGCGGCGGCGGCCCCACGGGAGCGGGCGGCAGAGGGUCUCACCGGGAGGGGGAAGGGGGAGGCUGCCGGGCUGACGUCAGUGCGGGCAGAGCCUGCCGGCGGCGGCAGCUCCUGGCCAGCAACCAGAGCCGGCACCGGCAGCAGCCGGGAAGACGCAAGGAGCCCGGGCAGAGCCGCCCCCGCUGCCCCCGCCGGCCCGUGCCCGGGGCUGGGGGCCGCGGGGACUGCUGCUCGUCCGGGGGCAGCCCUGCCCGCCCCUCUGCCCGCCCGCCCGGGGAGGAGGGGGCAGCCCCCACCUCCCGUUUCGCCCGGGGACCGCCGUCCUGCUCUCGGCACGGCUGCAAGAACAUGACUGCGAGUUCACGGAAUGGGAUGCCUUGGGAAGGGCUGGGACGUCUUCACCUGAGCAAGGAGAGAUCCCAGUGAGCAGAGAAGGGACUUUCCAAGCCUGUGAAUUCCUUCUUGGAGUUGGCUACCACCUGCCCAGACUUGCUGUCUGAUGUCUCCAGCUUUCUCCAGGAGGGUCCUGACCUGCUUCUCCAAUGGCCCCAGACAGGAGACGGCUUUGACUUAUGAACACAGAGGGUUUCUGCAUCACUUCAAAUCACACCAGUCCAGCCAUGGGGAGGGAGCCAGGGCAACACAGGGAGCCAGGGGAUCGUCCCACAUCACUCCUGUACGUUGUCUUCGGUGCCCUAAAUACCCCAGAGCAGGACCACAGUGCUUAGGCAGAGGGAUCUGAGCGAGCCAGCAUCUCACCUGGCAAAAUACCAGGUGCAUGAAGGUUGGAGGGAGCUUUUGGGACCAGACUUUGCUCAUGGAGCAGAGCUCAGCCCUUGCCACUCUUCAUCCCUGGGUGUGUGGAGCUGCAGAAGCGCAGCUGUCCCGACAGCGCUGUGCUCGGGGCCCAGAGGACCGUGAGUCUGUCCGGGCCAGGCAGCCCUGCUGCUGCUGUUUUAUUGCACCCUCUCUGUUCCUGUAAGAGAAAUGUACUGGCUGUAAUUCUCUCCCAUUAAAAUCCCCUCAACCCCAUUCAUUGUUGAAAAUAAACUCUCCCUUUUG